AUGAGAGGUUCCUACGGAGACAGAGAUAGAGACAGAGAUAGAGAUAGAGGGAGCCCUCGUUUUGGGUCUAGCAGAAGCAGUUCAUCAUCGAUUAAAAAAUACGGCAGUCCUGGCGAGCGUUUACGGAAGAAAAGAUGGGACCUGGAUGAUCUCCCUAAAUUUGAGAAGAACUUUUACAACGAACAUCCGGAAGUACAGCGCAUGAGUCAGUAUGACAUUGAGGAGUUCAGAAGGAAGAAAGAAAUAACUAUCCGAGGUUCAGGAUGCCCAAAGCCCGUUACCGCCUUCCAUCAAGCAAAGUUUCCCCAAUAUGUAUUGGAUGUCUUGAUGCAACAAAAUUUCAAGGAGCCAACAGCCAUUCAGGCGCAAGGAUUCCCGCUAGCCCUCAGUGGGAAAAACAUGGUGGGAAUUGCGCAGACCGGCUCAGGGAAGACUCUUUCGUAUCUAUUGCCAGCCAUUGUGCACAUCAACCAUCAGCCGUUCCUGGAGCGUGGAGAUGGCCCCGUUUGCUUGGUUCUAGCCCCAACAAGAGAACUGGCACAACAGGUCCAGCAGGUGGCGUACGAUUAUGGGAAAUCAUCCCGUAUCAAAACUACAUGUGUUUAUGGAGGUGCUCCCAAAGGACCUCAGAUCCGAGAUCUGGAGAGAGGGGUUGAAAUCUGUAUCGCCACUCCUGGUCGUCUGAUUGACUUUCUUGAGGCGGGAAAGACCAAUCUGCGGCGUUGCACAUAUUUAGUUCUGGAUGAAGCUGACCGCAUGCUGGACAUGGGUUUUGAACCCCAGAUUCGCAAAAUUGUGGACCAGAUCAGGCCGGAUAGACAGACACUGAUGUGGAGUGCCACCUGGCCUAAAGAGGUGCGUCAGCUGGCUGAAGACUUCCUUAAAGACUAUGUGCAGAUCAAUGUUGGUGCACUUGAGCUAAGUGCAAACCACAACAUCCUUCAGAUAGUGGACGUGUGCAUGGAUAGUGAAAAGGACAACAAGUUGAUACAGCUGAUGGAGGAGAUAAUGGCUGAAAAAGAGAACAAGACUAUCAUCUUUGUCGAGACCAAGAAGCGAUGUGAUGACCUCACACGUAGGAUGAGACGUGAUGGGUGGCCAGCAAUGUGCAUUCACGGUGACAAGAGCCAGCCAGAGAGAGAUUGGGUGUUGUCAGAGUUCCGAAGUGGUAAAGCUCCAAUUCUCAUCGCUACUGAUGUGGCUUCCCGUGGUUUGGACGUGGAAGAUGUAAAGUUUGUCAUCAACUAUGACUACCCCAAUUCCUCGGAAGACUACAUCCAUCGGAUCGGACGAACAGCCCGCAGUAACAACAAAGGAACUGCGUACACUUUCUUUACUCCGGGUAACCUCCGCCAGGCCCGCGAUCUGAUCCGGGUUCUGGAGGAAGCCCGACAGGACAUCAAUCCCAAACUGUUGCAGCUGGUUGACUCUGGACGGGGAGGAGGAGGCAGUGGCCGUUCCCGUUUCAGAGGCGGCUCGUCUUCCAACAAUCCCAACCUGAUGUACCAAGAUGAGUGCGAACGACGAAUGCGCUCAGUCAGCAGCAGCGGCAAAGACGGACGAUCGAGUAGCAGCAGCUAUGGCCGCGACGGGCACGAAUCACGCGAUUCCCGAGACGGUCGAGGCGCGAGCAGCCGGGACGGGGACCGCCUCUCCUCCUCAUCCUCUUCCUCGUCUUACAGGGAUCGCAGCAGCAGGGACGGAGGACGCGGCUACGUUUCCGGUUCCGGCUCCACCUCCGCCUCCGACCCGUACCAGAAGACUAACAGUAACAGCGGCGACGGUAGUACAAGCCAAUACAGUCUUCCCGUGGGCGGCUCCGCGCCACUGGGAGCUGAAGUGGGGCUAGUCCCACCGGGUUACUCAUGCCCCCAGCCCCUAAUGGUCCAGCAGUUCAUCCCGCCUCAGCCCAUGGUCCCCUUCCAGUUUGUUCAACCUCCGCAACCACAACCACCACCUCCUGGUGUAGACUAA